AUGCUACGAGGGGAAGCAGCACCGGAGAAAGGCGCGGUCACCCCAGGACGUGACAGCCCCCCAGGCAGGGGCACCGGCGGGACCCCAAAGUGCCGGCGCACACCUCCCCCGCGCCCAUCGCCUGAGCCCCGCUGGGGACAGCGGCGGGGCCUCUCCGCACCGCACCGCACCGCACCGCACCGCCGGGCCCGGCGCCCCGCUCCCUCAGCCGGCAGGGCGGCGGGCGGGCGCGUCCCCGCCCGGAGGGACGCCAGAGGAUACCGGUGCGAGGGGUGGCGGGGGCGCCACACGGCCGCCCGCCUCCUCCGCCCGGGCCCGGCCCGGCGCGGCGGGGGCGCCAUGCGGGCCCUGCCUUCCCCGCCCCGCGGCGACGCCCUCAGAGCCGCCGCGCAGGGCCGCGCUCCGGCAACCCGCGGAACCCCGAGGCGGAGGCGCGGAGACGGGGGCUCCGGCACCGCCAGCCCCCACCCCCGCGGGCCGCGGCCUCCGCCCGGCCAGGCCACCCGCAGCCCCUCGGCUUUCGUGCCCGAAGCGCCCCCGGGGGCGCACCCUCCGCCGCUCCAGCCCGGGCGAGGCGCCCCUCGGCGCUGUCCCCGGCCCGCCCGGGCCCGCUCGGCCCCCAGCGGCCGCGGCGGGGAGCGCGGCACCGCCCGCCGGCUUCCCCCCGCCCCGCCGCCGCCGCCGCUCCCCCCCCCGCCGAGCCGAGCGGCUAUUUUUAGUAAAUCCUCCUCGCGUCGCCACGGGCGGCGAUCGCAGCGCGCAGCCCCUCGCCAGCUGCCGCCGCCCCGCCCGCCCGCCGCGCACGGCACAGGCUGGCCCCGCCGCCGGCGCUAUGGCCACCUAACCCCCGCGGGAGCCGCAACUUUCCCCCCCCGCUCCGCGCCUUCCCCCGCCGCUCCGGUGGAAGAUGGCAGUUGGGGGAAGGACUGGAAGUUGCAGCCCGCGAGCGAAGAGAUAAGGCGGAGGCGCGGGAAGAGCGGCGUGUGCGCGUCCCGGCCAGGCGAGGGGCAGGCUGGCAGCGCCGGGCGUCGGACCGGUGGUUUCCAGUGA